GCCUCAUUAGGAGGUAGGACUUUAAAGUUGACUCUUUGCGGAGCGGCAUGGCGACAGCAAUGAGGAGCCUGAAGAGCAUGGUUGGCUUUGUGACUGGUGGGGCUUCUGGACUGGGCCGUGCCACAGUGGAACGAUUAAUACAACAGGGAGGCAGUGCUGUGAUUGUGGACCUGCCAACGUCUGAUGGUGAAAGCAUAGCCAAGUCGCUGGGAGACAGAUGCAUCUUUACUCCAGCUGAUGUGACAUCAGAAUUAGAUGUGAAGGCUGCACUGGCCACAGCAAAGGAGAAAUUUGGACGUAUAGAUAUGGGAGUGAACUGUGCUGCGGUUGCAGUGGCAUUUAAGACAUACAAUGUGCAUAAAGAUCAUUCUCAUAGUUUGGAGGACUUCCAGAGAGUCAUCAAUGUCAAUAUUGCUGGGACAUUCAAUGUGAUUCGUCUGAUUGCAAGUGUGAUGAGUAAAAACGAACCAAACAAAGAUGGAGAGAGAGGAGUGAUUAUCAACACUGCCAGCGUGGCUGCCUAUGAGGGCCAGGUGGGACAGGCUGCCUAUUCAGCUUCCAAAGGAGGCAUAGUGUCAAUGACCCUGCCCAUCGCCCGAGAUCUUGCCUCGCUUGGCAUUCGUGUUGUUACCAUUGCACCAGGGCUCUUUGAGACACCUCUACUGGGGACACUUCCUGAAAAAGUUCGGACAUUCCUGGCACGACAGGUGCCUUUCCCAAAUCGCCUUGGGGCUCCAGACGAAUAUGCUCAUCUGGUACAAUGCAUAGCGGAGAAUCCUAUGCUAAAUGGUGAAGUAAUUCGGCUUGACGGGGCUAUCCGAAUGCAGCCCUGAGCCCAAGUCUGCAGGAGAAAAAAAAGAUGGUUCUCCUUGGAUCAUAAUCACAGGAUUGAAAUCAGGGUUGGCAAAAGAAAUGAUUAACAUCUGGCUUUCAAUAAAUCACUGAUCAGAUAUUGUUCUUUUCUUUCAUUUGCUAGCAUAAGCUCCCCCUGACCUACAUACCCCCAUUACUAGUAGCCAUACUGAAAACUAUAUUUUUUAUGCAUCUCCAAUUUCUUUUUUAACAGACUUCUGUCUAAUUCUGAAGAACGGAUUCAAUUGUUUCUGGCUAAGGUCACAUAUUAUGAUUAUCCUGAUUUAUUUAAUCAUGGUUUAUCAAACCACAAAUGUCCAGAUAUCGACAAAAAGUUAUGUUGUAAACCAUGGUUUGUAGUUAUUGAUUGCAAAAAUCACUGCAUAACUUUCAACGAGUAAGUCUGUUAGGGUAAUGAUGUCUAGCUCUUCUGUCACUGCAUGUCUGUAUUUGGCAACCCA